AUGCCGAGGUACACAUCGCGCAAUGUUAGUCGUGUCAGCAAUCUAACAGACACAGGCAAAUUCAUCACCCGCGAAGAAUUGUUCAGAUACACGAAUGGAAGUUUUCUAGCGAACGAGAAGGAAGCUGCCAAUCGGAGAUAUGUCAAGUUUGACGUUGAUCAGCUUUGCGCCGUAGCCGCGACCACGAAUGGGAAACACUCGCCAGUAUGCGCAAUUGAGAAGAUGGAAGGCGGGUUCAGUAAGGCACUAUUACUGCGUAAAGAGGAUGGAACAGAAGUUGUUGCGAAGAUACCAUGCACAAUCGCUGGACCGCCGAAGUACACGACAGCAUCAGAGGUGGCCAUUCUCCACUAUUUACACGCACGUACUGCGGUUCCAGUACCUAAAGUCCUCGCCUGGAAUGAAGAUGCAUCGAAUCCUGUCGGUGCGGAGUACAUCAUCAUGACCAAGGCUCCUGGGGUUCAACUAUUCAAGGUAUGGGGUGAUAUGGAUGAGUUGGACCGGAUCCAAGUCGUGAGACAGCUGGCCGAAUUUGAGGGUGAGAUGACGGAUAUCCGCUUUCCAGCGAGCGAAAGCCUUUACCUUCGUCAUUCCAUGGCGGCCGACGAUACAUGCAUGGCCUUAGACCUAGACAUGGAUCCUGAGAAAGAGUUUUGCAUCGGCCCCUCUUGUAAUCGAGGAUGGCACACCGCAGCCGAAAUAGCGAAUUCGCGCCACCAGGGACCAUGCUUGUCUGCGAGCACAUCUGGCGCACAGCGAGGGUCUUUCGAGGAGCAUGUCGCUGUCCUUGACAUGACCAAAAAGGUCAUGUCUCGACUCAACGAGCGAACGCUGAUCGGAAAGGUUUCCGAACCAGUACUCUGGCACACCGACCUCGACAUGGGUAACGUCUAUGUGGCUGAGGGGAAACCUGCGCAAAUCCUGUCGAUCAUCGACUGGCAGUCCAUACUGGUAUCGCCAUUGUUCUUACAAGCACGCUUCCCCGACUUCGUUACUGUUGGUGAAGACUACCCCUUGGGUACGAAGGAGAUCCCCAAACUCCCACCUGACUUUGAUGAGUUGAACGUGGAAGACAAGAAGAUUGCAGAACAAAGGCUGAAGGACAACAUAACAGCGAAAGGCUACGAACUUAGUACUGGGUCAAAGAAUAUUCGGGGUUGGAAAGCUUUGCAGAUACCGUUGUUCCUCCGAGAACUCUUCAUACGCUGUGCAGAGGCCUCGGAAGAGGGUGUGAUUCCACUUCGGGCAUGUCUCAUCGAGUAUGCGGCAAAUUGGAAGGAGAUUGGCUUCGAAGGCGAAUGUCCGAUAAGCUUCAGCGAAGAGGACCUGCAGAAACACGAGCAGCAGUUUGAAGAGUACAGCAACUAUCACAAGGUACAUGAGUUGGCGAGGAACGUUCUUGGUACCGACUUCGAAGGCUGGAUCUCACCUUAUGUCGACUUUGAGAUGAAACAGCAGCAGAACACGGCGCUGCUUGAGGAGUUAGUGCGCAGGAGUAGUCAACAUGGCAUGUCGCCAGAGCGGAUGAGAGAGAUUUGGCCAUAUCUGGACCGUUCGACGUCAAGUCCUAAGCAAGAGAGCGUUGCAUACGGCUUCCGACAUUUACUUCGCUCGCUCGGCCUUUUCUAG